ACAUGACGACAACACAGUUGAGCUACAGCUAAACAGACGGUUAUUUUUUUAUCAAAAUAUGACGAUUUUAAAGAAUAUUCAGUAUAGAUUUCUCUUGACGUGGCUGAUAUUUAUAUGUAGAGAGGUGCUCGCUGAACGCCCAAUCAUGAGAAUGGCUGUUACAGCUACUUACUGUAGUAACUCUUGUCCGGAGUCAUCAGAUGAUCUGGAACAUUCGUUCAAUACAAUGAUGAACGGGGCUAAGUGGGACACGGUCGCAAAUUGUACCCAACAUAACUGCAGCUACACGUUUGUCAAUGCAGCUUGUAAUGGAGGGCAAAAUGGAGAUGGGCAAAGAAAAAGAAGUACUAAAAUUAUAAUAAAGGAUGCGAAACAAAGACGGAGAGAUUUGAUAGGAAAGAAAUACUGGCCUUCAACCCUACAUUACAGAGAAAAUGGAGAGACUUCCCACAAAGGUAUCAACAUUGGGCAUUAUUUGUUUCCUAAAUGGGCAUCUGGAAACCUACCUAAAAUAUUAAGAAGACGGAGAACUAGUUGCAGUUAUCAUAUUGGUGUACACUUUACUCUAAAUGUGCAACUCAUCGAAGGAAAUUACAGUGACGCUGUCACUGCAGCUAAUUCAACUCUCGAGUCCACAAAGCAAAAUUUGUCAGUUGCAUUCCAAGAUGGUGUGUUAAAUCUCACAUAUGGUGUACAUGCAUCCCCACUGUCGCUGGCAGAUUUCUCCGUCUUAAGUCCGACAAAUUCAACCUGUCCGAAUGGAUCAGUCAUCAACGUGACCUCAGUCUCAUGCGAUUUCUGUCCAGAAGGUAGUUUCCAUAAUCUGACCAAUUCAAGGUGCCAACCCUGUGCCAUUGGUCAGUAUCAGCCGGAAAAAGGCCAGUUGCAGUGCGUCCAGUGUCCACCGUGGAAGUCCACUUUUACCGAAGGAACCACAGACGUUGAUGGGUGCUACUACUCCGAGGCUACGAUGAAGAUGGCCAUGCUGCUCCAGUACGUGAUACAAAACUGCCCCGAAGAAGACAAUUCCACCGCCUUUAAAUACAUCAAGGACCAAUUUGUACAAUUAAUGGACACUUAUAAUUUUCACUGCCUUGAUACUGAGGGGUGUGGCUACGAGGUGAAGUCAGUUGACUGCACAAAUUUUAAACUUAAGAUACAUUUUUAUAUUUUAACUCAACUCGGCGCCAACUCUUCAUCGAACGAGACGGCGGCGAGAAUGGCAGCGACCCUAACAUUGACAAGGAUCCGUACAAAUCUGACAGAGUCGUUUCAAGACAGAAUACUGACUUUGAUAGGCAAAGUCGACGGCCUAAGUAUACCAGCAGAGGGGGAAAUCCUUGUUCAUUACAACAUAACUGAACCAGAGUGCCCCGCCGGAACAGUACUGAAUACAGCAGGAUGGUCAUGUGAACCCUGUGACCGAGGCCACUACUUUAAUGUGACCUCAGCGCGAUGUGACGUAUGUUCUCGUGGGUCGUACCAAGACAGUCGCGGUCAAACAAUCUGUCACAAUUGUCCAUCAGGAACGUCAACCUCCCAUACUGGGGCAAUUAACUUUAGAGAGUGUAUCGACGAGAACGCCAUUACUUCCACUACAGAUAUGACCACGACGCGUGAAAUGUUGACGUCCAGUCUUUCUGCUGUUUCAUCCAGCAGAAGUACCCAUUAUCAAUCCACCCUUGCUGAAGACAGUGCCACUUCCGUAAUUUCUCCUUCCACUGGGAAAAGUAGUAACGCUGUGACGAGUACAAACUCCCCCGGCAGGACCUCAGCGGCCAGUAUUACGUGUGUAUUUAUGCCAGGUACAACUGCAUGCAAUUCCAGUGGUGUGCAGACGACCCCAGAUCCAAAUAUCCAUCUUAUUGGGCGGAUGAACGCCAUUGUGGUCCACUUCAAAAUCGAAACAUCUAACCAGGACCCAUCUGGCAAAAUUGUUUUGUUCAAAAUGUACGCAGGUGCUAUGUGCGUGUCAUAUUGCAGGAAUCACGACUGCGAGAGAUUUAGGUUACGAUCAAGGAGGGCUUUGACAUCUUCGUUCUCUCAAAGUGACGUGCACAUUCUUACCCAGUUUCAGCAACUAAACGGCAGCAACGUCACGCUUGCGUUUUACGUCACUUACCCCCAAAGUGAUUCGGUCAUGAAUGGGACUCUGCUGCUGAGCAUUUUUACAGCUAAACAUUCAGAAUCGCAAAGGCAAAUUGCCAACAUUACUAUCUUAGACGCUAGUCCGUGCUAUUGCUCAAACGCCUCUCUAAUCUCUGCAGUAUUGACGUCAACAGAAAUUCCAGUCCAGCCCAGUGAUCCCGCUAUGGUCGUGGCAUUGACUGUUCCAAUAAUUGUGGUGAUUGCAAUCAUAGGGAUCAUCAUCUUUUUAAAAAAACACAGAUAUUCUCCCUGCCAUGAAAGAGUAGGCCCAGUGGGCCAGGAAGAACUGAUGAGAAGGAGGCAUCAAAUCUAUAGAUCGAGUUCCAGUGAGGAUUCCCUCCCAACAGAUAUCGACGAGGAAGAAGAUAUUAAUCCCCUCCCAGUUGCGUCACCUUCCAUGCGGUUACGAAGGAUUGUGGGAUCCUUAAAUGGUUCUUUGUGUAAAAUAUCACCAAUAGAUGGCGUCGAGACAAGACAAGAUAACGUGGCUUUAGACUCACCAGCUGAUCGCCUUAGAAAGGUUAUCAACGAACUGUGGUCGAAUUCAACGUUACAUGAGACAAAUGAAAACGAGGCCAAAUCGGAAUGGGAACUACAUAUAGACUCCUACUAAUACGCUGUUAAAAAUGAACUAAUUUUGCAAAAUCAGAAAAAAAAAGAAAAAAGUUCAUCAUGCCUUUGUAUGGUGUUAGAGCUCUUUACAACUGGCAGCCAAGACAAGACAAUACCUUUUGUUUUUUUAAAAUU